GGAAGAUGGCGGCGGGCGGAGGCAGCGCGGGGCGGCCCUGCGCGGCGUGGCUGCUGAUCGCCGCCGCCCUCACCGCCGAUGAGAUCUCUGAGGCGAGAUACCGAGGAAGGAGAGACCUGAGAGUAGAGAGAGCAUUGAUGAAGAAUGAAGAUCCAUGAUGGGAAAAAUAAGAAAAGAUUAGUAAGUAAGUCCAAGUAUCAGCAGUAGAGGUCAACACCCCGGAGGAGAUGUUUGUGGAGAACGGGACGGACGCAAAGCUCCCGUGCACGUUCACGUCCGUCGAAGUGAUCAGCAGCGCGGCGUCUGUCUCCUGGAGCUUUCAGCCAGAGGGAGCAGCCACUCGUAUCUCAUUUUUCUAUUACUCAAAUGGGAAGUCAUACCCCGGAAAGGACAUACCAUUUAAAGACAGGAUCACUUGGGCUGGAGAUCUAAACAAGAAAGAUGCUUCUAUCACUAUAUCAAACAUGCAGUUCCGGGACAACGGCACGUACAUUUGCGAUGUCAAGAACCCACCUGACAUUGUUGUCAAACCAGGAGAAAUCCGAGUUAGAGUUGUGGAGAAAGGUAUUCAUUCACCCUACAACCUGCCUGCAUUCCCCGUUGCCACCGUGGCAGGGAUAGCCAUCGGUACGGUUACAGGUCUCUCGUCGCUCAUCUCUAUUGUCGUGUGUCUUGUCAUCAGAAAGAACAACUCUAAAAAACGAUACUCUGGCUGCAGUACCUCUGAGAGCUUGAUGUCUCCGGUUAAGCAGGCCCCGCAGAAGGCGCCCUCCGACACGGCGGGCCUGGUAAACAGCGUGCCCGCCAGAUCGCACCAGGGCCCAGUCAUUUACGCGCAGUUAGAUCACUCCGGGGGACAGCACAGCGACAAGAUCAACAAGUCGGAGUCUGUGGUCUACGCCGACAUCCGGAAGAACUGAGAUCCUCAGCUAUCCAAAGGACAACACACGUUCGGACUGGAAUUGCUCGAGCGAGAUUUGACCCAGAGAACUCACAUGUGGCCUUUGAUGCCUAGGCUAGGACCAAUGCAUGUGCAUACAGAGGGAGAGAUAUAUAUGUAUUGUGUGUAAAUAGUCUAUUUAAUCGUACAGAAGUGAGACCAAUGUUGCAUGUCGAAAUGCGGUAAGAACUUCGCUUAUAAAUUGCCAAUAUUCUUUUUUUAUUUGUAUCUUGUGUGACGAGAGAGAAAGUGAAAACUCGCAUCACGAUUUUAAAAUAUUUUUAUCUUGAUUAUUAAUGGAGAAACUGGAAGAUGCCUGAAGAUUCUAGAUUGACCUGGAGAUUCUUUUUGCUUUGCUUAUAGGGCCUGAUUUCUUUUGUUGGGGUGACUAUAAAGAAGAGUUCUUUAUGUUUACAGGGUAUUUAUCUUCCCUUGGUCGGAUUCUCAGUACAGGCUGCCUUCUCGUGUAAACUAGACCCUCUCACUUGGUCUUGUAAGCCAAAUUGUGACCCCUAGCUCUCAGAAAUGUAUGUCUUAGCAGUGUGAGUGAAGGAAACCUUUAGGCCUGCCUGACCUGUGUAAUGUGGGUCACUAAACUGUUUACUUCUCGAUGAGCCCAGCUAUUUGAGCUUCGUCCUUUAAGGUGCAGGGAUAGUGCUGAACUAAUGUAUUUUGUGAAAUGGUAGUUUACCUGUGAGAAGGAAGGAGAUAGCGAGUUAAAGGCAUAGGAAGCUGUAGCUGUAGGUGGUUGCCUCAGACUCUGGUGAACCUUUCAGUGAAAUAUUUCUUCCUCAAAGCUCUGUCAUUUCAUGUAAGCGUCGAAAAGGGCUCCAAGGGAUCUGGAAGCUGUAGUACUCCCAUACCUCUCUCUCAUGGCUCCAUUGUGCCACUGUUGCCUCCUUGGAGGCGCUUUAUCUGUUCUCAAAAGCCUGUAGUGGAGGCUGAACAACUUCUGGAGGAAAUUAGGGCUCUUUGGGUUUUUUGAUGUGUGGAGUUUUUUUUUUUUUUUUGUGUAACCAAUAUUUGCACAGAAGAUGCAGAUGGACAGUUUAUUUCCUUCAUCCCUGCAAGUCUACUGCUUGAAUACAGUUCUCCAGCCUCGUGUUUCUAGGUUAAACUCCUUCCAGAUUGUUGGGAUCUCUGCUGAUGAGGAUUUCUUUUGCUGACCUGUUGUAUCCUGAAAUCUGGUGCUCAAAACUAGAAGUGGCCUUCCAGCAGAGAUCUUCUCAAAGUGGCUUAUAGAAGAAGGAUUUCUGUUUUGUACAUCCUAAUGCAGUGGUUUUGUUUUGGGUUGGUUUUUUUUUUUUUGCCUCGCAUAAUUUUCAGGUGUUUUCUCUGUUCCUUACGCAUUUCCUGUUGCAGUCUGUUUCACAGAAUCAGUCCCCCAGAAUGGUUGAGGUUGGAGGGACCUCUGGAGAUCAGGAUCAGCCAGAGGAGGCUGCCCAGCACUGUGCCCAGUUUUGAGCAUCUCCACAGGUGGGAACUCUGCAGCAUCUCUGGGCAACCUGCUCCAAACAAACUCAAGCCCACGUUUCACUCUAACACCAAGCACAUGAAAAAUAGUGACAGGCCCAUGGCAGAUGCUUUCGUAGCCACAUUAGAUAAUCCUUUAAUUGUGACAGUGUGAUUAUAAUAAUUCUUUUAUGUACAGUGUGGUUCUUUUUUUUUCCCCCCAACAAAGUUAGGUAUGCCAACGCUGUAUUCUUUCAUCAGGAUCAGACUUCAUUGGUUUCCUGACAACAGCUGCCUUUAUUAGAAAUCAACAGCUUUAUUUUUGUGUACAUGCACUGGGGAGAUAUUAGGACAUUGUUCUCAGAGCCAGAACCAGCUUCUUAAAACUGAUUCUCAGAAGGAAACCAUGGAUAAAUUUAUUCUGCCAUAUGUCACUUGCUAAUCCUGCAAUAUCUGAAUUUGUGGAAUUCUUCUUCCAAGACUUGGCUGGUAUCAAAAAAAAAAGAGCAUGUUUCAGUUUUAAAGGAGGUUUUUAAGGCAUCGGUUUUCAGGUAUUUGCCAAGUCUCACAGGGAGCUGAAACCCUGAACUGUGGCUAACUAACAGCUCUGUAAAUAUUUUAGCAUUUUAUUUUUUGGCAAUAACACAUACAAGAUGAAAAAUUGACAAAUUUCUUCUUAAUGGGAGACCUUUAAAUAUGUUCUUCUACUUCAUGGAUUAAGCAGGGGUUUUUUAGCAAGACUCCACGUGAAGGGCUGUGGUGCUUGUACCAAGUGCUGGAAGCUGAUGGAGUGGGACCUACUCACCCCAGAAACGCUCAGGGGUAGUUUGUCCACCCUCAAACAUCUAUCUGUUGAUAAGAUCCACUGUCUUGGUUGCUGCAGUGCUGCAGUGCUCAUGCAGGAAACUUUUUAUUUAGAAGAUGGUGAGGCCCUGGCACAGGUUACCCAGAGAAGCUGUGGACGCCCCAUCCCUAGAAGUGUUCAGGAUCAGGUUGGAUGGCGUUCUGAACAGCCUGGUCUGAUGGAAAGUGUCCCUGCUCAUGUCAGGGGCGUUGGAACUGGAUGAUCUUUAAGGUCCCUCCCAGCCCAAUCCAAUCUGUGAUUCUGUGGUUCUAUAGGAUCUUCUCAAGUGCUGAAUUCUGCGCCUAGCAGCCAGGAGGGACACCCCUGUCCUGGGGAACCAGGCCCAGCAUCACCAGCCGGGCAAGGGAGGGGAUUGUCCUGGGGCGGCCUCACCUCCAGUCCUGGGGGCAGUUUUGGGUGCCACCAUAUAAAAAAAGACAUGAAGCCAUUGGAGAGUGCCCAAAGGAGGCCACGAGGAUGGUGAAGGGACUGGAGGGGAAACCUUCUGAUAAAUGGCUGAGGUCACUUGUUCUGUUCAGCCUGGAAGAGACUGGGGGAGACCUCUCUGUGGUCCUCAACACCCUCAUGAGGGGAAGCAGAGGGGCAGGCACUGCUCUCUUCAUUCCCAAGGGAGUGGCACGAAGAUGAGUCAGGGGAGGUUUAGGUUGGAUAUCAGGAACAUGUGAAUUUCACCCCAAGGGUGGUUGGGCACCGAACAGGCUCCCCAGGGCAGUGGUCACAGCAGCAGGCCUGCCAGAGUUCAAUAAGCGUCUGGACAAUGGUCCCAGGCACAGGGUGUGACUCCUGGGGCCUCCUGCCUAGGGCCAGGAGUUGGGUUUGAUGAUCCUGAUGGGUCCCUUCCAACCCAGUGUAAAUUUUGAUUAAGAUCAGGAGGAAUCGUAGGGCUGCUGCUGCUUUCCUUAUCUAUCAGGCUCUUACUUCCCAACAUUUAUUUUACAAUUAAUAAAGCACUAAUGCUUUGGAUGUGGUUGAUGGAGAAACUUGAUUUUGAUCUGCCUAUAUUCAUCCCUGCACAUCACAGUCUUUCUCCCCCCACAUUUUUGAGUAAGAGGGAGAAUUUUGAUGAAUGUGGCAAUCAGAAAUUUGCUGCUAUGAGAAGAUGGGGCUGGCCUUGCCUCUGAAGUGUGCUACUAAUGUUUGCUUCUUUUCCUGCUGGAAUGUACUGGAGAAUCUGAGCACAAUUCUGAUGUGGUGCUAACUUUAGGAAGCACACGAAUCUGGUGCUAACUUUAGGACUGAUCUGGUGCUAACUUUAGGAGACACACUGAUCUGGCUGGUUUUAACUGACUUUAGGAGACAUCUCCUUGCAUGGCUUUUGUCCAGCUACAGGUUUGUUCAUAUUGCCUAGACUGAGGAGGCUCCCUGCAAGGCUUCUUGGAUCCUCUUUAUGAAGGCAGAAUGAACUUGCAAGUAUUUUUAAAAAACACUAAAUGUCUUUUUAGAAAGAAACAGAAGUCUUCCCCCAGGAAUGGCAGAAAUCUGUUUGAAUCCCUCUCCAGUACCAAGGCUGUUGAAUUUUUUUAUUUUUUUAUUUUUUUUGGUCAUGGAAAAGUGCGCAAUAUAAUUAUUAAGUAACAUAUUCGUGCUGAAGUCAAAAGAACUUCGGGCACUGUGAGACAGCACUUGUGAGCUUUCUGUUCCUCAGGUUAUCUGAGAUGGUUUAUUGAUAUGAUAACCUGUGCUGACGAAAGGCUUACUCAGUAAAGUCUCAGGAAACAGAGGACAUCCCUUCGUUGGCGGGUAGAGCAAGCAGAGAUUAAAGUCAGACAAGGUCAUCAUAUCCUGAUGUUCUGGUGACCAGAAGCUUAACUCUGUUUGCUCUGCCACUGUUCUCUUAAUUUUCUGCUGCUGUUCCUUGCAGGUGGAAAAGAACAGCUUGGACUUUGAGGAACAUGAAGGGUGUUCUCCUUGUCCUUUUGUAGCACUGCUGCCAGCUCUUUUUAGGAUCAUCUCUUUUCAAAACAAGUGCUGCAUGCCCGGCUUGCAGCAGCCCAGAGGAGGAGGAGGCGCCUCUCUUAAGGCACUGGCCAGUGACUAAACAGUUAGGGGGGUCAUUGCUCUUGGACAGUAGACUUGGGAGGGGUUGUGUGAUGGAAGAGACUUGCAAUAAAUUAUCUUUUAUUCAUCAUACAAACAAAACUGGGAUCAGUCUGAAAUCUUCCUUAUUUUUGAUUACCAUAAAUGAAUUUCAAAGGGAUUACAAAUACAGUGUCAAGCUGAUUACAUUGGUAGCUGUACUCAGUCCAUCAGGUUUCCAUGGCCCCUUUUGACUUCAGCAGUUGUUCUAUGAGGAAGAUGCUCACCAUGUUCACAAAACAUUAGCAUUUAGAGCCAUCACAGGGGGGCAGGUGUGUCCCUCUAACUCAUUCCCUGAUGUGUCCUUCAUAACUGGAGACCUGUAGGGUUUUGUUUUCUCUCAAAGCUUUAGUGGUAUUUCGGUUCGUGGCGAGAAGAGUUGGGUUUUUAAACUUUUCAAAACUGUCUAGGUAACCAUGUGUCCCGUAACUGCAGUAAAGGUGUGUAUGGAACUUCAGAGCUGCACUGCCUCAGCGUGGAUCUGCUGAGGUCAGGUAUGGAGUGUUUGAUUUGUGACCAGAACACCUUCACUCUGUGUUGGAAUCUUGUCUUGGAAUUCCGCAUUAUUAGCGUAUCUGCCAAGGACCUCAAAUACAAAAUGUUCUUGUUGUAUCAUAGGUGAAGGAAAAAUUUCCUCUGUAAAAAUCACCAAAAGAGAAGGUGGGCGGGACUUCUGGGCUGUGGCCACACCUCUGCAGUGUAACAUUUUUAUAUGGGAGACUACAGAAUCAUAUUAACAAGGCUCAGCAAUUAUUCUCUUCUUUAGGUUUCUCUUUCCCUUCUCUUCACUGCCCUAAAGCUAAUAAGCCCUUUCAUUUACAGGUAUUUUUGCACUCUAAAAUAUAAGUUCAAUGCCUUUGGAGAUCAGUGUGCUGUGCAAUGUUUUCUGUCUCCCUGCAAUGCCAACUGUUUCUAUGUGGUAAAUGUAAUUGAAAACAUAGACUGGGUCCUUUUCUUUUACAAACCUCUGUCCUGGAGGUGUGCAAGACAACGAACACCUGUAAGACAGGUGUAUAAUCUAUGUGAGGGAGCUAGAUAUGCAUUGCAUGGCCUGAUUACAUGAAGAGCCAGUGUACCAACUGUUAGUGCUUUUGCUUUUACAGACUCAUCUGGAAACAGCUAUCUUGGAUAUUUUUUCUUGAAUGGACUUUAAUGUUUUCUAUUGUAAUCUUGUGAAUAUUUUAAUACACUUUUUUUUUUUGCCAUUA